AUGAAGAGGAGAGCUUCGAAGCUAGCCGGAUGUAUAAUCACACACCCAAACCCCACCAUAAUCAACAUGCAUCUCAUCAUCUCCACCUUCGCCAUCUCGGCCCUCACCCUCCUCCCCUGGACAGCCCUCGCCAACCCAACCCCAGUCAGCCAAUGCAUCCCCACCCCCUCCGCCUCCGCCCUCGCCACCGACUUCGGCAAGCUCAUCUCAGCCUACAGCGACAAACUCGCCAACGCCACCCUCGCCCCCAACUUCCAAGAUUACUCCGAGUCCGUCAACACUCUCAUCGACAACGGCGGCAGCACCCCCAAGAACCUCCUCUCCGCCACCUUCACCUCCCGGUCCGAUUUCGAGGUGGCGUCAGCCGGCCAGCCUGCUGCACCGUUCGAGAUCAAGGAUCUGUGGAUCGCGUGCGAUGUUUUGAUUAUUCGGUGGUUGUCGGCGCAGAGUCCGUUGCCGGUUGUCGGGAUUUCGGUGGCGCAUGUGGUUUUUAAUCGGCCGAGUUGGCAGAUUGACGAGGUGUGGGCGGAGUUUGAUAGUGCGGCUUGGUUGAAGAAUUUGGGGUUUACUAUUACGGCGCCGAAAAGGAGGAGGGAGGUUGUGUUUGAGGGCUGA